AUGAAAUACUCUAGGAAAUUUCUCCGAAGCCUACGAUCGAGUGCUUGUACUCCUUGUCCUCAAGCUCUGGGCGAACUAAAAUCACAUGGUGUUCUGAGGUAUAUAGGAGGAAAAGGUGGAAAGAAGACCCGAGAAAAUUAUUUAAAUAUAUUUUCUAGAACAACUCAACGUGAUUAUGCUAAUUUUGGUUAUCUCCAAGGGCCAUUGCCACUUCGUGGUGUAAACUUGAAUAAUUUAAUAUCAGUAACUACAACCGAUUCUUCCCCCAAAAUUGACUGUCGCUGUGUUCAGUUUUGUGUUGUUAACGUUAGAUCCAUUAAGAACAAGGCAAUGGAAGUUAAAGACCUCGUGGUUGAUCAAGACAUUGAUAUUUUGGCUCUCACUGAAACUUGGCUGCGUCCUGGUAACAUUGAUGAUGUUGAGAUUAGAACCCUAUGUCCAACUGGCUGUAGAUUUUUACAUGUUCCGAGGGGUCAUUCCCAAGGUGGAGGUGUUGGUUUGUUAUUUAAGGACACUCUCCAGUAAACAGUCACAUCACCGAUACCUUUACGACAUUUGAACUCAUUGAUAUUCACUUUAGAAGUCUUCAAUCCAUUAGAGUUCUGCUUAUUUACCGCCCUCCUGAUAACACCUCAUGUGUGCUAUUUCUUGAAGAAUUCUCAGUGCUUCUGCAACAAAUUAUGGCUGAGUCCACGGGUCACUUACUUAUAUCUGGUGACUUCAAUUUACAUGUUGAUGACCCCUGUAGCAUCUCUGCAAACCGCUUUAAUGAAAUUCUUGAAUCUUGCAACCUAAAACAACACGUCACUGGAGCAACUCACGCUAACGGACACACUUUGGAUCUUGUAAUUUCUAAAAAAGAUAAUCCUCUCGUUACUGAAAUCAAGAUUUUCGACCCUGUAAUCUCAGAUCACUGUACGGUUCAUUGUAGCCUGCGUGUACAAAAACCGCAUUUCACGAAGAAAAAGCUGUACUAUCGGAAACUGCGUUCUUUGGAUAAUGAAUGCUUUUGUGAAGAUAUCUUGACUUCUACUUUGCUACAGGAUCAAGCUGUUGAACUCAACGCUCUUGUGGAUCAAUAUGACAAUGUAUUGCGAUCCCUCUUGGAUCUCUAUGCCCCUUUAAAAUGGCGAACAGUAACAUUACGACUUAUAGUGCUCCCUGGUAUAAGCCGGAAGUGGUUGUACAGAAAAACAUCCGAGGGCGGUUAG